AUGAGCGAUAGAACAUUGAGGUAUGGUGUUAUAUUUGAUGUUAUUUUCAAAUCAGAAGUGUUCAUGGAUUAUGAUAUUCAAAAGAUAACAGAAAAAAAAAUAAGAUUUUGCUUAAGAUAUAUUCUUUAUGGUCAUAAGUUUACCAAAUCUGAAAAGCAAUAUAUAAAUGAUUUUGCAAAUAAUUUUAUAGACAGGAGAAAUAUCAAAGAAGAUUUAGCAAUAAAUAUCCUAAAUGGAAUAAGACCAGAAAUUCCAAAUAAAUUCCCUGACAAACUUAAAAAAUUACUAAAACAAUGUUGGGAUGCUAUUCCUGACAAUAGACCUGAUGCAAAAGCUUUAUGGAUAGAAACAAAAGGAAUAUUGAGAGACUUGUAUAAUAAAGAUCAAAAUUUACAAAUAAAAGUUACUUCCAAAAUAACUAUAAAUUUUGCUAACAGUAAACUUCAUUAUUUUUCAAAUCUUCCUUCUCCAAAAAACGCUACUCAAGAACAACAAGAAGAUAUACUAUUGGAAAUCCAGUGA